ACGACGCAUGCUAUGUGGAUACCGUUGCUGCCGUCAUUCGCGUUUGAUUUUUGCUAUUUUUCACGCGGUGGACAGUGUUUGUCUCCAGUGCAUGGUUUGUGCAUGGUGCAGACGUGAUGGUGUACUGCACCGUCCCGCUUUGCAAGCCGAAGAAAGCAGUGUCGAACACAAACUUCUCAUCCUCCUGUGGACUGUUGCAAAUGGCUCAGGGGAGAGGAAUGUGCCCUCCAUCCACUUCUUCCGGCAGACCUUCAACGGGGCGCUUCACCUUUGAUGUCUUCGAUACUUCUAGAAGCUCUUCCACGAUGACUCCAGGCGCUCAUUUGCUGAGGAACAGCUUCGGAACACGACCAACGAGUUCCUCUGGCUCCAGGAGACAUGAAACCUCUGGAACUAGUACCAGUGCAGAGAUCAUUCCAUCAUCAGUUGUCGUUGCUGUUGUGGAGGGACGUGGCCAGGCAAGAGGGGAAGUCGGCAUGGCAUCCUUUGAUAUCAAGAAUCCUGAGCUGGUGCUCUCCCAGUUCCCAGACAAUCAGGUGUAUGCCAAUACCAUCAUGAGGCUUCAGGUUUUAGACCCCUCUCAGAUUCUGCUGCCAAAAACAGCAUUUGAUAACAACGCCAUGCCACAGCUGCUAUGCCAAAUAGAACAAGAAUUCCCACCCACUUCGAUCACCAGCUUGGACCGCAAGUUUUUCAGUGAAUCGGCAGGAAUAGAUAUCAUUAGGGAACUCUGCAUACCAGAAUACAAUUCGGUUGAACUGGAAGUUUUGAACAAGUAUUAUGCACUGUCUGCUGCAGCAGCACUUAUCAAGCAUGUGCAGUACAGCAUGAAUAUUGUCUGUUCCCCUAAGUCUCUCAGGAUUACAUUUACUACUGGUGAGAACGUUACCCGUAUAGAUGCGUGCACAAUGAGAGAGCUGGAGCUGCUCGUGAGCACUUUGCACCCCCGUAGCACUGCGUCUCUCCUUGGGGUGCUCAACCAUUGCAAGACAUAUGGGGGAAUGCGUCUGCUAAGGGUAAACAUUCUGCAGCCUCCCUGUGACCUCCCCACCAUCCUCCUGCGACAGAAGGCACUUCAGCAGAUGCUUAAUUCGGAAGAACUUUUUUAUGGACUGCAGUUUCUGUUGGCAAAGUUUCCCAACAUUGAGCACAUCUUGGCAAUGUUGGUGCAGACUCCAAGGCGUGAAACAUUUCAUACAAUGGAGGCCACAAUUAACAGCUGCAUAGCCUUAAAACGUAUUCUGGACAAUGUUGAGCCAUUGCAGUUGCUCUUGAAGAAAAGUGAAGAUACUCUCCUCACCACUUAUGCCUCAUAUCUGGAAGAUGUUCGUUUUGGACGACUACUUGACACAAUACACACUGUACUCCAUGAUGAUUUCAACUAUGAGAAGGGUACACUAAACAAGAUGAUACAGCAGUGCUUUGCUAUUAAGCCUAAGGUGUAUGGGAUGCUAGACGUUGCAAAACGAACCUUCAGGGAGGUCUAUGAUGACAUAUAUGUGUGUUCUUGUGGUACUUUCCUCAUUGCGAAUAAGAUGGCAUCAUUGCGGGACACAUUUUGCAUGGACGUUACGCGAGAUGAGACCGUGGGACAAGAUGUCUGCGAGUCCACCAGGCGAGGCACAAACCUGGUAGAAAAACAGUGGGCUAUGGAGCUUCAGCAGCCACUGAAAGUUGCCUACUCUACGCUUCGUGGUUUCUACAUCCAGCUGAAAUUCAUGGGACCUGCACCACAACUGCCAGAGUCGUUUAUCAAGGUGACGAUACACAAGACGUGCUUAUCCUGCACCACAGACGGACUGGUGAAGCUAAAUGAUCGUGCUCGUGUGAGCAUGCAUCAAAUCUACAGUAUGAGCAGUGGAAUCUUGAGAAACCUUAUAUCAACCAUCAUCAAUGACAUUGGAUGCCUCUACAAGCUUGCUGAAGUUGUGUCUAAUGUUGACUUUCUGCACUCCCUUGCUGAAACUUGCACGCUUUCUGAUUAUGUAUGCCCAGAAUUCACAGACACACUGUGCAUCAGAGGUGGAAGACAUCCUCUCUUAGAGAAAGUGGGCAUGCAGCCAUUUGUUCCCAAUGACACUUUUGCUACUAAGGACACAAAUUUUGUUGUCAUCACAGGACCAAACAUGAGUGGGAAAUCCACUUACUUGAAACAAGUGGCAACGCUGCAGAUAAUGGCCCAGAUGGGAUCUUACGUACCUGCAACUGAAGCUUCCUUUCGCAUCGCUGACCAAAUCUUUUCUCGUACUGGCCACCGUGAUGACAUCGAGACUAGUUGUUCUACAUUCUUAAUGGAGAUGAAAGCAAUCAACUAUGUUCUGCAGAACUUCAAGGAUACGUCUCUGAUCGUCAUAGAUGAACUGGGAAGAGGCACAAGUGAAGAUGAAGGAGCUGCCAUGUGCGUGGCCAUUUCGGAGCAGCUUAUGGACUCUGAAGCUUUCAUAUUUAUCUCCACACAUUUUGAACUUAUGACAGAGUUGGAAUCAGCUUAUCCAAAUGUUGCAAAUUACCACAUGGAGGGUGAAAUGGAAGAGACGGACAAUGGUGAAGGACAGGGCGUCUUGAAGUAUGCCCACAAGCUUACACGUGGGUGUUGUAUGGAUGAAGAUAAUGCCUUCAAGCUUGCUGAAAUCUCCAAUAUCCCCACUGAUGUAGUGAGCAGUGCCAGAGAAAUAUCAAAGAAGAUCUGUAGGAGAGCUGAGGCCGGUGCACAUGAUGGAAGAGAAGCUGUAGAGAUCCGACGUUCGGAAGCUGAGCUGAUGAAUAUGUUGGUGCAGAUAGCUCGUAACCCUCCCACGUACAGCACACAGCUUGUCGAGAUAUUUCGUAAACUCCAGCUGCAAGCCAGACACAUUAAAGAAGUCAAAAGGGGCUUUUGAAGUGGACAUGGUGUAGGAAAGAUUCCACUAAACUUUUAUUGCAUUUGUGAUUGCUUAUAUGGUCACGUGUACAGGUGUCUCUAGUCAGCCAUGCCAAUUUACCAAUGCUGUUGGGUGUGCCUUGUAUCGUAUAUUGUUAUUAAACGUAAUCUGAGGUCGGA